CGAGACUUCUUUCUUCUCUGCAAGGACAAACCUCAUCCUUUGCCUUGAAGACGAGUGUUUAUAGCUCCAUGCUCCACCGGUUGUAGUUUUUAUCUCGCAUUAAAAGACAAACUUUUACUGAGAGACCUUGUCCUCUCCGAGCCGAGCGGCUCCUCUCCCUCGACAUGGCGCUGAACAUCGCCUCGAUGCGGGACACAAAAUGGCUGACCCUGGAAGUGUGCCGGCAGUUUCAGAGAGGGACUUGCUCGCGCAGCGACGAAGAGUGCAAAUUCGCCCACCCGCCCAAGAGCUGCCAGGUGGAGAACGGGAGGGUGAUCGCCUGCUUUGACUCGUUAAAGGGCCGCUGCACACGAGAGAACUGCAAGUACCUCCACCCACCCGCGCACCUAAAGACCCAGCUGGAGAUCAACGGGCGGAACAACCUGAUCCAGCAGAAGACGGCGGCCGCCAUGUUGGCUCAGCAGAUGCAGUUCAUGAUCCCCGGCACCACCAUGCAGCCCGUGACGUUCCCGGUCACCCAGGGCUUGGGUUCCAGCGCCGGUUUGAGCUACGCGCCGUACCUGACUCCGAUGUCCCACAGCAUGGGCCUGGUCCCCGCAGACAUCCUGCCCAGCACUCCCGUCAUCGUCCCCGGCAGCCCGCCCGUCUCCGUGAACGCCGGCUCCUCCUCCAGCCAGAAACUCAUCCGUGCCGACAAGCUAGAGGUUUGCCGCGAGUUCCAGCGGGGGAACUGCGCCCGCGGCGAGACGGACUGCCGCUUCGCCCACCCGAGCGACAGCCCCAUGAUCGACACCAGCGACAACACCGUCACCGUGUGCAUGGACUACAUCAAGAGCCGCUGCUCGCGCGAGAAGUGCAAGUACUUCCACCCGCCGGCCCACCUGCAGGCCAAGAUCAAGGCCGCCCAGCACCAGGCCAACCAGACGGCCGUGGCCGCGCAAGCCGCCGCCGCCGCCAUGACUCAGUCGACUGCCAAAGCAAUGAAGCGACCCCUCGAGGCAACUGUAGACCUGGCCUUCCCCCACGGCGUCCUGCAGCCCCUACCAAAGAGACCGGCGCUGGAGAAGAGCAACGGAGCCAGCUCCCUGUUCGGCCCCGGCAUGUUGCACUACCAGCAGGCGCUGGCCAACGCACAGCUCCAGCAGCCCGCCUUCUUCCCCACAGGGUCAGUGUUGUGCAUGACUCCUGCUAGCAGUUUUGUCCCAAUGAUGUACAGUGCUACGCCUGCUACUGUCUCUGCAGCAACAACUCCUGCCACAAGUGUCCCCUACGCCGCAACAGCACCAGCCAAUCAGAUCAUCCUGAAGUGAGCGUCCGGAAGGGGACGGAGUGUCUCGAAGCUGCGCUGGGAAACCCCAAACAGCCCUUCUGUAAAUACUACCUUGCCUCUCCCGUAGAGGUGCAGCAACCCGCAUGCUAAGAGCGCAACACUCCACUUCUACCGUUAGAGCUGCAGUGUCGUGUAACCGGGGGAAAAAAAAGAGAUAUAUCGUGUACGUGUUGCUCAAAAACAUGAAGACGUCAUCAAUAUUCUUAUGUACAGUUCAGAACUAGCACCGUAGAUACCAUGGAUCAUCUCCUUCGCAGUCGUUUUGUUAGAGGAAGGAAACCAGAACACGACCGCGCAGUCGGGGUUUUCAUCUGGAUCGUUCCGGCUCUUCUUCACGAUCCUGCCCGACGCUGGUGUAACGAAGCUCCUCCCCCUCAUCAAACGAGCAGCCACGACUUAACGCCCCUCUAAAUUACCCCCCAGUCGCCCUUUAUUUGACGUGGGUUCAGUCGGUGCAGGAGACCGGGUCGGCUCAACAAGCGUUCCAAAUGUUCGUAUCAGGAAAACCCUCGGUCUGCCGGCAGACUGCGACUUUGAAGCAACGGCAACGCCGGUUCCGGUUGGAAUGUUAUUGUUUUUUCAAGAUUAUUUUUAAAGGAAGUGCUAAAUCUAAACGCCAACGAGGUGCGUUCGACGACACCCGUCAAGCAAAAACGAAGACUUGAACCUGGGCUGGAGGGCUACCAGUGACCGUCGGUUCCCUGCUCUCACCGAUAAUCCUGUUCCAUUUUAGAGUAAAAAAAAAACAGUAGAAGUGCCUGAAAAAAAGAAAAACGACGAGGCUCAUCCACGACCCGCGCACUCUGAGUGGACCGUUGAGUCCCGAGUGCGACGCGCCGGCUGUCAGAACCUUACGGACUUGGUUACCGGAACCGCUGAACGGCUCUUUAACAUCACAAAGUGACUUUAAAGAAACGAACGAACGGACAAAUCAAUCUUUGUGGAAUGUUUGGUGUUUUUACCGAUGUUUGUUCAGAUCUUAUGAAGUGGUUCUGUGGAAAGGGUUGUGAGCGACAAAUAUCUUACCUGUCGUGGAUAUCCUCAACGAGCUAAUGGCUAGUCUGAGCGGGACCA